AUGCUUGUCAUGUAUGGUUGUAAUUACACGUUGGCGGACCCCAGUUGUAAUGAUCUACAAUGUCUAUUUGCAAGCCUGGGCAAGCCAGCUCUUUGUACCAACUUCGGAGAUGUUAAUAUACUGUUCGAAACGAAGCAGUUCAUCAAAAAGCAUAAGCUAACACCAAAAUACUUGACUGACUCUAUGACGAAGCAGAUUACCUCGGAUGACCAGUAG